UAAAAUAACUUUCCAACAAGACUUCGCUGUCAUCUCAGCUAAUUACGGCUCUGAUACGGCUUAUUAGCGCAUACCUACCUUUUCUACCUUGCUUCCCCACCCACCACCCUUUCAGAUCUUUGUCCUGGCUCCGCCUCCUGCCGGCGUUAUAAUGGGCUGGUCUGAAAGUGGUGGAGAGACACAGAACCACAGGGGAAGAGAGAGAUAAUGACAAUAACACUAAUAACACUAAUAACCUGGCUGCUGCCCGCGCAGCAGCGAGGAGUCAGCCCGGUGUCCCGGCACUGACGGGGGCCGAAGCCGGAGAGAGGAGUGACCCCGACGUCCCUCGAGAGCUUUUCCACACGGCCGGUGAACGCCGGACGGCACCAUCAGCAGCGGCCCCGAGGAGGACCGGGCUCGGGGGGACGCGGAGAGGAGCUGGCUCCGGCAGCCGCUCGCUCUCACCGGCCAAGCGGGGGCCUUCUUGCCCCUCCGCGGCAAACCGCUCUCCUCCGGCCCCAUGGAGCAGCGAGAGUAAAGAGCGAGAAGGACUGAAAGGGGGCCGGAAAGAGAGCGAGCGCCCCGGGACAGGGAGAAGGAGGUGGAAGCCGGAGGAAGCGCCCCGUCCCCCCCGUCGCCGCCAAGGUCGGCUGGGCACCGCCGCCUGUCCUCGGCGUCCACCAGCGGGGAAGGGGGUCAGCCCCCUGCCAGCGACCGCCGGGGCGGCCGGGCGAGGCGGGCGCGGAGCCCCGCUGCCCUGUCCUGCCUGGCUCCGCGGAGCUGUCCAAGGCGGCGCGGGGUCGUAAACCUCGUGGGUCGCCUCGCUGCCCCCCGCCGCCCUUGAGGCCUCGCCGAGGGGCGGGGGUCGCGCCCGCCCAGGGGAGCUGCGGGGCGCGGGGGGGCUGUCGGCGCCGCCGCCAUGAAGCUGGAGGUGUUCUCGCAGCACUACGAGGACAAGCUGAGCGCCGGCAGCGACCAGGAAGGCAGCGGCUCCCUCUCCCCGGCGCCGGUCGAGAGCGAGCUGGGCUCGGACGGUGACUGCGCCGCCAACAGCCCGGGCGGCGGGUCCGUGGGGCCGGGGCACCCCCUGCCACCGCCCCCUGCCCCGCAGGCGCCGCCGCCGCCGGCCGAGAGCGCAAAGGGAAAGCCCUACACGCGGCGGCCGAAGCCGCCCUAUUCCUACAUCGCCCUGAUCGCCAUGGCCAUCCGCGACUCGGCCGGCGGCCGCCUGACCCUGGCCGAGAUCAACGACUACCUGAUGAGCCGCUUCCCUUUCUUCCGCGGCGCCUACACCGGUUGGCGCAACUCGGUGCGCCACAACCUCUCCCUCAACGACUGCUUCGUCAAGGUGCUGCGCGACCCGGCGCGGCCCUGGGGCAAGGACAACUACUGGAUGCUCAACCCCAGCAGCGAGUACACCUUCGCCGACGGUGUCUUCCGCCGCCGCCGCAAGCGCCUCAACCGCGCCGCCCCGCCGCCGCAGCCCGCCCGCCCCGCUGCCACCGUUCCACCGCCGCCGCCGCCGCAGGAGGCGGCCGGAGCGGGCGCCGCGUCCUCCGGAGGUUCCCCGCGGUGCUGCUGCGCCUCCUCGCCCUGUAACUGCGCGCCGGGAGCCGCCGCCAAGGAGGCAGCGGUGGUGGGCGGCGGGGAGGCGGCGGCGGCGGGCGGCGGAGGCGCCAAGUUCUCCAGCUCCUUCGCCAUCGAGAGCAUCCUCCGGAGGCCGGCGGGGCCCCGCGGCGCCCCGCAGCAGCCGCCGACGCACGCCCGCCUCCUCUGGCCGGCACCGCCCGCGCCCCCGCACCUGCUGCCCGGCCCCUACCCGCUGCUCCCCUACCCACCUGCCGCGCAGCACCCGCCCGCCGCCGCCCUCUACGGCGGCGGCCUCCUGCAGCUCUGCGCCUACGGGCUGGGUGAACCGUCGCCGCCGCCGCUGAUGCUGGGGGGGGGCGAGCGGCAGGCGCUGGCCCACGGCGAGCCGCCGGCGGCCGAGCGGCCGCGGGCGCCGCUUUUCCCUGUUCCCCUCCCCAAGGGCGGGCGGGGGCCGCCGCCCGGCUCACCGCUCUACGGGCCUCUCCGGCUGGCCGGAACGCUGCAGCCGGCGGCGGGGGGCUCGGCCUCGUUCCAUCCGUACGCCGUGGAGACCCCUCUGGCUUAAUGGAGCCCCCCUCCUCCCCUGCGAGGGGCCUGUCCGGGGAGGCGGGGAGGGGGAAAGGAGGAGGCUCUGGAUCUCGCACUUUAACUCCAGAGGCGACCAAAGCCUCCAAGCAAAAGCCUCGGUGACUGUGCCUUAGUGUAAUGACAGCGGGUUUAACUUAAACCAAAAAAAAAAAAAAAUCAAAACCACCAAAACAACUGUCGUUUUGGACAUAGCCAUGUGCCUCAAGUGCUUCUUACUGUUCGUUGAGACUACUUGACUUCAGCCACUCCCUCGCCCCCUCCUUUCUAUCCCCACUCUUGUCCCCGCAUCUCCUGCCACCAAAGCCUUGGGCAGCGGAGCAGGGGGUGCCCCCGCGGAGAGGCGCGGCGGUGGCAGCCGGGGGAUGCGCUGUGCACUCGGGAGAGCGGGGAGGUGGGAGGGGGGCCGGGGCGGCUGCCGGGAGGAGCAGGGAGAGAGAAAGGGAGGGGGCCGGGGGCUGCUGUGGAGCCAUAGGUCUGUACUGCAAAGCGAUGCAUCACUGUGCCAAAAGAAACCUUUUGUCCUGUCCGGCAUCUAGCAUUUCGUGGGAAGGGAGGACAUUAAAUUAUUUAUAAAGCAGUGUUUUUAACACAGAGUGCAGCUUUUUUAAUUAAUUGGUGUUCUUGCGGGGGUGGGGACGUGAGAAGGGGAAGGGCUCAAGGAAAUGUCAGGCAUUGUCUCCUGUACUGGUUGGCGUUGUACAUUUCAGGCCAACACCACUACUACUGGAAAGAGAAUAGUAAUUUUUUUUUCAUAUUUUAUUUUUAUGUUUGUAUGUAAUAUAUGUGCGCGUGCAUUUUAUUGGCGCUCGGCGACGAUGUUUUUCCUUUCUUUUUUUCCUCCUCUCCCCCGAAUAAAAGUUGCCCUCUAAAUAAAGACGGUAAUAAGGAGAA